AUGAAUUUCUCUUCUAAAAUUGACAAAUCAGUUUUUCAAAAUUAUCGCGGCCUCAGCUUAUCACAGAAGACUUUAAAUGCUUCUCUUAAAUACCUUAAAGGCCAAACGAGCUAUGAUGAUUAUGUUACAAAUAUUGAUGACAAAGAUAAAGAAAUUUUCCGUUCAUUCUUAACAAAUAAAAAGCCUAAACACUCAAUUAAAAAAACCCUUAAAAAGAGAAAAAGAAGCUCAAUUCCUUCCUUUGUCUAUGACUUUUUAGAUCAGCAGCAGCCAGUUUUGCGAAAAAUCAGCUCUAAACCUUUUAAUUCUUAUUUUUCCAGGAUAAAAGCCAAAUUGAAUUAUUUUUCAUAAAUUAAUUUAAUAUAUAAAAUUGAGGAUUUUUAGAACAGAAAAAUUAUUCUAGAACCUUUUAACCAAUUGGCUUGUAGACCAAAAUCUUUACCAAGGUUAAAACAAGAAAUAGCGAAAAAUCCAGCAUUAGAAUGUAAAACUCCGAAACUGCCAAAACUUUAUUAUGAAAGCUAUAAAAAUCUGCAUGGGAAUGGGCUGAAAUUUAAAGAAAAAAACAAAGGAAAUUCAAGCAUCUCAAAGGCAAAUAUUUUUAAACCCUACACAGUAGAAAUAAGCCCUAGGUCAAAAAUGACCAUUUUUAGUAGUUCGCCGAUACCUCGUUCUCGUUCUGAAUUAAAAGGAAAAGGACAUAAAUUUUUAGGAGUGUGUGAUACCUCAAUAUCUCCUAGGAGAAGUUUAAGCCCAGAUAAGCUUUUUUCAAGUAUUAAACAAAAUGAUAGGACAAAACAAGUUAUGAGCAGACUUGCUUCUAAUGUAGCUUAUUAUUAA